UAGGUUCGACGCACUGAUGUUCUCUCAGCUUGGAGUGGGAUUCGUCCAUUGGCUAUGGAUCCCGCAGCAAAGAACACUGAGAGCAUCUCCAGAGAUCAUGUCGUGUGUGAAGAUUUUCCUGGUCUUGUUACGAUUACUGGUGGAAAGUGGACUACAUAUAGAAGCAUGGCAGAGGAUGCCGUUGAUGCAGCUAUGAAGUCUGGAAAGUUGAGCCCGGCCAAUAAAUGCUCAACGUACAACCUACAGCUUAUAGGUGCUGAUGGAUGGGAUCCUGCAUCUUUCACAGUACUAGCUCAGCAAUACGUGCGCAUGAAGAGGUCGUAUGGCGGAAAGGUUGUGCCAGGUGUAAUGGACACCGCCACAGCGAAACAUUUAUCUCAUGCGUAUGGUACUUUCGCCGAACGAGUGGCUGUAAUUGCUCAGAAUGAAAAUCUGGGCAAGCGACUUGCCCAUGGAUAUCCUUUUCUAGAAGCCGAGGUUGCAUACUGUGCUCGGAAUGAGUACUGUGAAUCUACAGUUGAUUUUAUUGCCAGAAGGUCUCGACUUGCCUUUCUUGACACUGAUGCAGCCGGGAGGGCUAUGCCUAGGAUCAUACAGAUACUUGCUGCCGAGCACAACUGGGACAAGUCGAGGCAGAAGGAAGAAUUACAGAAGGCUAAAGAAUUCUUGGAAACCUUCAAGUCAUCUAGAAAUGCUCAAUUUCAUGAUGGGAAACACAACUAAUAUGUUCAUGAUGUUGACAUCAAAAAGGCUUAGUUUUUCCGACAACUGCGGAAUAAUUCCAUUACCCGCCCGUUCUUUUGCUCGGGAAAUUUCUUUGUUU